CCGGCGCCAGACGCGACACGUGCGUCCGCCGACCGGUCACGUGACUCGCCGCUGGCCCGUAGGCAUGAUCAGGAUGAAGCGCUCGGUCAGCGACAGUGACUGCGACGACGCGUUCACGGACGACUGCAGAGAUGAGCAGCCAGGAGAGUUCGGCACGCACCGGAAGCGACGGCGGGGCGUCAUCGAGAAGAAGCGCCGCGACCGCAUCAACAACUCGCUGGCCGAGCUGCGCCGGCUCGUGCCCACGGCCUUCGAGAAGCAGGGCUCGGCCAAGCUGGAGAAGGCCGAGAUCCUGCAAAUGACCGUUGACCACCUCAAGGUGCUGCACGCUAAGGGCCUCGACGCGCUGGCGUACGACCCCAACAAGUUCGCCGUCGACUACCACAGCAUCGGGUUCCGGGAGUGCGCGGCCGAGGUGGCGCGCUACCUCGUCACCGUCGAGGGCAUGGACAUUCAGGACCCGCUCCGGCUGCGGCUCAUGUCCCACCUGCAGUGUUACUCGGCGCAGCGCGAACUGGCCAACAAGCAGCACAGCAGCAGCUGGGGCUUCCAGUCGUACCCGACGGGCGGCAGCAUGCCGACCGGCGUCGACCAGGGCUACCACAGCGCGCUGGGCGGCCACUGCCCCUCCGUCGACCCGGCGGCGGCCAACGCCAUGUCGCGCUACGCCAUGGGCGGCGCCAUGUCGUCUGCCAUGGGCGGCGUCAUGGCGCAGUACCCGGGCAACAGCGGCUUCGGCGGCGUGACGCAGACUGUGACGUCAUAUGCGCUGGGAGGCCAGGCGCAGGCGCAGAGCGGCGCCAGCAGUAGCUCUCCGAAGCCGUACCGGCCCUGGGGCACGGAGCUGGCGUACUGAGGCGGUCGGCGCCAACGGUGGUGUGCACUGCUGACUAGUCAUCUUGUGAUAACGUGUGGAGGAGAGCGGUCCCCUCUGGUUCGCGGUCUUGCAGUUCGGAGGGCGUGCUACGUGCCACUGGUCGCAUCCGUGUGCAUGUCUAUUGGCCACUGUAUCCAGAGUUUCUGUGAGUUUCAUCUGCACAGGUUAUUUUUUAUGCCUUUUCCACAGCAGUGUAGAGUUGUCGAAGCGGUGUAUUUACAGAUUUUGCCACUUCUGCUUACUUACGAGGUAUUUAAUAGUUGGCCAUUUUUUAUUGCAAACCCCACAAUUUUGGAGCGCACCGGCUCUAUGGCAGCUGUUCUGUGGCGAUCAUCAGCACCGUAAGUGACGGUAGCCAACAUAACUAUGCUACAUCCUACAUUUUGUGUGCAGGACUGCAUAGUGUUGUGUGCAGUUUUGUUCUACAUUCCAUUUCUAGUCGUCUGGCAUCGCGUUCGGAUAGCACCAAGAGUGUAUUUUUAUGGUGUAUGUAAUAUGCUUCCCGAUACAUUUUUUA